GACUUCAGAUCAUAUAGUAAUAAUAUUAUGAUCAUAAAUCGUAAAGAAAACCCUGAAAAAUUUAAUAAUUAUUAAUUUCCGCCUUUUCGCAUGUUAUAAUAUUGUUGUAUUUUACAGUGGGUUUUGCGAAACGUUUUUCCAAGUUUCCCACCCGCGACCAGCUGACCGCCGUGCCAAGCGCCAACUCACGUCUCACGCACCGUCACGCAGUAGUGUUUGCCGUUUUCGCCGACCCAACGUAUUUUGUUGUCGCUGCUCAAAACUUUGACCAUACUAGGACAUAAUAUCGUCGACCCUGUUCGUGCUGUAUAGCUUUUCAAAAUGCGCUCAUUCGCAGUCAUCAUCAUGGUGGUGAUACCUAUUUGAUUUGUCUUGAUAUAACCAUAGAAUAGAUGAAUAGAAAAAAUAGAUUCUUUGUUAUUGAAGUUGAGUUUGGAUAUCCGAAAUGUUCGGGCGUACAUUAUAAUACCGACCAUGGUCGGACACAGCCUUUAAAAUACCUCACUUAACGAAAGGUUCAUUGCUCAGAUUGGACAAAUAGGUUGCCCAAAAGUUGUUGGAAAAAGAAUUGUAGAAAACCAAGAAAUCGACUUGACACUUCUUUACAGAUAACGACAAUGAAGAACAAGAUGUUAAAGAGACAAUUUUAAAAAGCAAUCUAAAACAUACAAUCAAAAGCCAUUAAGAAUUUAUGACUUAACAAUAAGUUGUGUGGUAAAUAUAUUAAUUUUAUAUUUUAAUAUAUAGAUAAUGGAUAGACAUUAUCAAUCUGCUCUUGAUGAAACUGCAACAGACGCUGGAGAGUUAUCAAAACAAGAAAUAUUGAAAAAAUCAUAUAAUUAUAGUGUAAAUUAUUCAUCUUCAGAUUCUAAAGAUAAGCAGAAACGUCAUCGUUUGAGGAGGAUUAGUAACUAGUAACAAAAGUGAUAAAUGGAACCAACAAAAUUAACCAUAUUAUUAUAAAAAAAACAAGAAAAAGUGGUAUCUAACUGUGAUCCAGUAAAAUACCAUCUAUUAGAAAUAAAGAUGAACCUUCAAUUCCUAAUGUCAGACUUCAAGAUAUACCAAUUAGAACUACUUGAGAUGAAGAUAAUCAAAAUAUGUCUUUAUAUAAAUCUACUUGGGACAUGCCCACCCAUAUCAAGUAUUGAUGAUGAUUCUACUUAAACAACAAGAUUUACGCCAGCGUAGAAGUAUAACAAGUGGGAUAGUUAUCGUGGUUCAGGAGCUACACCUAAUCCUGGAAAAGAAAAUGUUCUAUUGUGGGCUUGUGAAACUGAUAGAGAUGAAUGGGACGAAGCCCAAAACUGAUUAGAUAGGUGGUGGUAUAAUUGAGAUGAAGGAGUUGAUGAAACUAAAAAUCCAUUUAGUGAUAUCAGCGAAACAUAUGCCAACAAAUAAAACAGUUGAUGGAAUUAAAUUUGUUGUUGUUACUAGUUAUGAUAAAAUGAAAAUUUAUAAUCUUCAAAUUGGUGUGAAUGCAUUGCAAAUUUAUCCAGACAAGCAAAUACUAAUCAAGGAAGGUAUAGCUGGUCGUAUAGAAGUCCCAGGCAAUAUUUCUGAUUCUACACAAAAAAGAAAUACAUAGACGAUUUACCAAUCAGUAUAGUUCCUGAAAUCCUAAGAACCAAUCUAAAGCUAACACCGUGUUAUUACUGAAAUCAUUGGGAAUCCAAUACUUACUCCAGUUUCAUUUAAUGGACCCUCCAGCCACCUCCACAAUGAUGAUGAAUUAUUUAUUAUUGAUGUUUUACAAUUGCUACCAAGACCACGAUUUUUUCGAGACAGGUCUAAUCCACUGGUAGAUUAUGAUGAUGUAAAUUUUAAACUAAGAUUCAGAUUGUCAAAACUUAUGUUCAUGGAUCUACUUGACAUGAUAAGCAACAAUAUAACUCAAAAUACACUACGAAAUGUGUCACUGUCACCAAUACUACAGCUUCUAAUAGCCCUGAGAUAUUAUGCUACAGGUGCUUUUCAGGCAGUUUUAGGUGAUCAUAUACAUGUCCACAAAUCCACAGUUUGCCGUGUCAUUAAAAAAGUUUCUGAAGCUAUUGCACUUCUAAAACCUAAAUAUAUAAAAAUGCCAAGAUCACAAACUGAAAUCAACUUAGCACAAGAUGAUUUCUUGUUAGCACGUAAUUUUCCAAAAGUUAUUGGUGCAAUUGAUUGCACGCACAUAAAAAUUCAGUCACCCAAUAGUGACAUCGGAGAGAAAUUCCGAAAUAGAAAAGGAUUCUUUUCUAUUAAUGUACAGGCAGUGUGUAGUAGCCAUAUGCAAUUUAUAAAUAUUGUAGCUAGAUGGCCUGGUUCAGUUCACGACUCAACAAUUUUUGACAAUUCAUUAUUACAAGCACAGUUUGAAAACAAUGAAUUUGGAAAUUCCGUGCUCGUAGGAGAUGGAGGUUACGCUUGUAGAAAUUAUAUGAUGACACCACUUGGAAAUCCUACAAGUGAUUCAGAACUACGAUAUCAGAAAGCUCAAAUUGGUACUAGGAAUGUCAUAGAGAGAACAUUCGGUGUAUGGAAGAGGCGGUUCCCAGUUUUAUCUCUAGGAAUACGAACACAAAUACAGACUACUCUUACCACAAUUAUUGCUACCACAGUGUUGCACAAUAUGUUAAUUGCAGCAAAUGAACCACUGGUUAUAGACGAUGAAACACUACUUACUGCUGAUAUGGUGGAUCAAGUUCCAGUAUUGCCUGUUCGACAAGCUGGACAACAUUUUAAAUUCUUUAUAUCAGUUGUGGGUACUGGGAGCACUGGACAAUACAGAAAAAUUGACAUCGCUUUGACGCCAAAUGACUGAAUUUCAUUAGAUUCUCCUCAGUGUAAGAUGUUAGUAGUGUCAAAAGGCCGGGAAGAAGUAUAAGACUUUGUCAUUGAAAAAUUCCAAGUUCCUGAAUCUGACCAUUUAACGAUGUUGAAUGUUUAUACCCAAUGGAAACAUAUUAUUCAGCAUGAUGGUGUAACAAACAUUUUAUUUACUUAAAAGCUACUAUCAAAGUUUGUGAAGUGUGACAACAACUGAAAGAAAUAAUGGAUCAACGGAAAAUAAAAAUUAUACUCUGUUUUACAAUUUGGGACAUUAUUCCCAAAUGUAUAUGUUCAGGCAAAUGAUUCAAAAUUGUGUUCAUUAUUUUUAUAAAUUGUACAUUGUAUUUAUUUGGUGCAAUUUAUUAAUAUUCUAUAGCUUACUGAUCAAUUUAAGUAUCUACUUACCAAUAAAAUAUCCCAGGAUCUGGCUGAGCUUGAGGUGGUUGGUAUGUGAACCCAUGUGCAUACAAACUAUAAUAACAGAAAGUGAUGUCAUAAGUGUUUGCCAAAUGACAGAACUCUUAUAAUAUCAUCGUCAAGUGUUAUAUUACAUUUCAGAAAUAGAUAAAAAUGAUUUUCACAAAAUUUAGCACUCUGUUUUUAGUCGCCCAAGUCAAAAAUAUUCAUUUAAUCAGCUAUAUUAUCAUUAAUUUGAUUUUGAAGAAAACCAUAUACCAAUACUAAUAAAAACGUUAUUAUUAUAUUUUAUAAGAAUCAGAAACUUUCACAAGACCAAAAAAAUUAAUAUAAAUAAUAUGAUAGGCAAAACCAAAUGUAAACUUAACAAUAUUAGCCAUACUACAAAAUUUUUAAAAUUUAGUUUGUAUUCAAUUUAGUUAUACUAUAGGCAAUAAAAAUAACUUAUUAUUAUGUACAAUGAUAUAAUAGUCAAUAAUGUAUAUAUUCCAUGGUUAAAUACAUAUCAUUUAUGUUUCUAAUUUAAUUACUUUGCAAUGUAUUAAUAUCUAAAUUAUACCACACUUCAUACCAUUUAUGAAACUGUAUUAUGAAUUACUAUGAACAAUUGUAAUAAACCCCUGUGGACGUUUAUAACUAUAGUAAUUACAACCACGUGUAAAACAAAAUGUGUAGUUAAUAAUUUAAUAUAAAUUAACAUUUAACAUACCAUAGGUAUAAUAUUAUCAUAAUCUGGACUAUCCAUGGACCACGGACUAUGAUUAAAUAUAUAUAGGUUGCACAACAACUACAGCAGUAACUGCAAAGAUGGUAUACAAAAUGACUAUUGGCUAUUGCAAUAAGUAAUGUGUAGCACUCCAAGUAGUUAUUUCAUAUAAUAUUAUAAAUGUUUUAUCUAAACAAUUGUAUCAAUAAUGAUAAUCAAUUUUAAUUUUAUAAUAUUAUUAAAAUAAACAGGUAAAUAGUAUGCCCUUUCAAAUACAUUUAAAACGUUUAUAAGUAUGAUGUAUUAGAUC